GACAUAUUAUAAUAAUACAGACUCAGAUGAAAUGAAUACUCCAGCAUUAAAUGGAAAUGAGGGAACACAGAACAGACAAGAAUCAUCCGAUGUAGGUCUUAUACUCCGGAGGACAUCCGAAAAAGCAACAGCCAUCUUCUAUAGCAGAAGCAAUGAUAUUAGAUACAGAAGCAGCUGUUAUAGCGAAUUUUGAAUUUUUGGGACAUACAGACAUGGACAUGGAAGAGGAAGAAGGAGAUGGAGACAAUGAAAUUUAUGAUGCAAAUACAGAUACCAAACCAAAUAAAGCAUCUAUCCCCCUUCUAGCGGAAGAUGUUGAUACAGAUGCAGAGGCAGAAGUAUUAAAUGAAUUAAAUCUCCUCACAGAAAUUAAAGAAUCGCCACCUCGUUCUAUCUAUCUGGAAAUGAAUUCUUCAAAGGGGUCAGUAAAUCCCUUUUUAUUCGUGUACUUUAAGAUAAAAUAUAAACCUAUUACAAUAAUAGAUAUUCAAAAGAUGAUAAUAAGCGUUACUUUAUUUGGUUUGGUAUCUGUAUUUGCAUCAUAAAUUUCAUCGUCUCCAUCUCCUUCUUCCUCUUCCAUGUCCAUGUCUGUAUGUCCCAAAAAUUCAAAAUUCGCUAUAACAGCUGCUUCUGUAUCUAAUAUCAUUGCUUCUGCUAUAGAAGAUGG